UUGCAAGCGCUUCAAUGCAACUUCGCGAUUACAUCAGGACGCCCAACCAGCUUUCAUCCUAAAUGUAUCGUUCCUUACGCAGCUAACCCGGCGGUAGAAGCCGAGCUUGACAGACUUAUAAAACUUAAUGUCAUUUCCAAAGUUAGCUACUCGGCAUGGGCAACUAGAAUCUCGCAAUCAAGCGUAACGGUUCCAUCCGUAUCUGUGCGGAUCGCCGAGAAGAAUCACAAGAUCAAAAAAGCUCUUGUCCUGAUUUUCGUCAUUAGGAAGUUCCACAAUGAUUCAUGGACGAAAAUUCACUCUACGCUGCCAACCGCCUUCAGCGUUGUUCCACCAUUCUUCUUGGCUACAACUUCGACAUUUAGCUCGAAGGACGAGCUUUGUUUCAACUCAUCUCAAAGCGAGCCGAGGAAUCGCCCGAUGAAGAAGUUGUCAUCGCCACAGCCAAAGCAAUUGAAGCAGAAUUCCAGCAAGUACUUUCGGAUGCUAUUCGAACGCUCCCAGUCACAGAUGACAAAAUUCAUCCAGCAGACUACGGUUGAUCCUCUUAUCCAACAAGUCAUCAAAUCACCAAAUUCGCUGUCCCUUGCUGAUCGUUGUCUGAUGUAUGGAGAAAGAGUAGUUAUUCCGGCACCGCUUCAAGCCUCCAUCAUUCGUCAGCUCCACGCACGUUCCGAUGUUAGCCGAAUGAAAGGCUUCCCCUGUAGCCAUACUUAUUGUCUCGGAAUUGAUGCGAAUUUUAAAACUUGGUUUGGACCUGUGAUCAGUGUCAGCUAACA